AUGAAAAUGAAGCACUUCACUUGCCUCUUAUCGUUGUUCUUCAUCCUCAUUACUUCAUUCUCUUUGGCUAACUCAACCAUUGUCUCUCAUGAUGAACGAGCCAUCACCAUUAAUGGACAACGCCGAAUCUUAAUUUCAGGCUCCAUUCAUUACCCACGAAGCACUGCUGAAAUGUGGCCUGAUCUGAUCAACAAAGCCAAAGAUGGUGGCUUAGACGCAAUCGAGUCAUACGUUUUUUGGAACGCACAUGAACCAAAACGAAGGGAAUACGAUUUCUCGGGGAAUCUUGAUGUUGUUCGCUUCAUCAAAACCAUCCAAAGCGCGGGUCUCUACUCCGUUCUUCGCAUUGGACCUUAUGUUUGUGCAGAAUGGAAUUAUGGAGGCUUUCCGGUUUGGCUGCACAAUAUGCCCAACAUGAAAUUCAGAACGAUAAACCCUAGUUUCAUGAAUGAAAUGCAAAAUUUUACUACAAAGAUCGUAGAGAUGAUGAAGGAAGAGAAGCUCUUUGCGUCACAAGGCGGUCCAAUCAUCCUAGCUCAGAUCGAGAACGAGUACGGGAACGUGAUCUCAUCGUAUGGAGCAGAGGGUAAGGCCUACAUUGAUUGGUGUGCCAACAUGGCUAACUCUCUAGACAUUGGUGUUCCAUGGCUUAUGUGUCAACAACCCAAUGCUCCUAAGCCUAUGUUAGAGACGUGCAAUGGCUUUUACUGUGAUCAAUACGAACCGACCAACCCAAGCAGCCCAAAAAUGUGGACAGAGAAUUGGACCGGCUGGUUCAAGAAUUGGGGAGGCAAACAUCCUUAUAGAACCGCUGAGGAUCUUGCUUAUUCAGUUGCUAGAUUCUUCCAAACCGGAGGAACUUUCCAAAACUAUUACAUGUACCAUGGUGGUACUAAUUUUGGAAGAGUUGCUGGAGGUCCAUACAUCACCACAUCCUAUGAUUACCAUGCUCCUCUUGAUGAAUACGGCAACUUGAACCAGCCGAAAUGGGGUCACUUGAAACAGCUACAUGCAGUAUUAAAAUCCAUUGAGAAACCGUUGACUUACGGCAAUAUUUCAAGAAUCGAUCUUGGCAACUCCAUCAAGGCUACGAUUUACACAACAAAAGAAGGAUCGAGCUGCUUCAUCGGUAAUGUAAACGCAACUGCUGAUGCUUUAGUCAACUUCCACGGGAAAGACUACCACGUACCCGCAUGGUCCGUGAGUAUUCUUCCCGACUGCGAUAAAGAGGCUUACAACACUGCGAAAGUGAACACUCAAACAUCCAUCAUGACCGAUGACUCUAGUAAGCCGCACAUGCUGCAAUGGACCUGGAGACCGGAGUCCGCUCAGAAGACUAUUCUUAAAGGCAGAGGAAAUCUUAUUGCCAAAGGUCUUGUAGACCAAAAAGACGUUACAAAUGAUGCUAGUGACUAUCUUUGGUACAUGACUAGGGUUCAUCUCGACAAGAAAGAUCCACUUUGGAGCCGAAACAUGUCGCUACGGGUUCACAGCAACGCCCAUGUUCUUCAUGCUUACGUCAAUGGAAAAUACAUUGGUCACCAAUUCGUAAAGGACGGGAAAUUCGAUUACAGAUUUGAGAGGAAGGUCAAUCUCGUUCAUGGGACUAAUCACAUUUCACUUCUCAGUGUUUCCGUUGGACUACAGAAUUAUGGACCUUUCUUUGCGAACGGUCCAACUGGUAUCAAUGGUCCUGUGUCCUUAGUCGGAUACAAAGGAGAGGAAACAAUCGAAAAGGAUCUAUCAAAGCAUCAAUGGGACUACAAGAUUGGUAUGAAUGGAUACAACCACAAACUUUUCAGUACAAACUCUAUUGGCCGCCACCACGUCAAAUGGGCAAACGAAAAGCUUGCUACUGGUCGGAUGUUAACAUGGUACAAGGCACAUUUCAAAGCUCCUCUUGGUAAAGAUCCAGUGAUUGUAGACUUUAAUGGUCUAGGGAAAGGUGAGGCUUGGAUCAACGGUCAGAGCAUUGGACGUUACUGGCCGAGCUUUAACUCUAGUGAUGAUGGUUGCAAAGAUGAAUGUGACUACCGUGGGGAGUAUGGUAGCGACAAAUGCGCUUUUAUGUGUGGCAAACCAACUCAAAGAUGGUACCACGUUCCACGAUCGUUCUUGAACGCGAGCGGACACAAUACGAUCACUCUAUUCGAAGAAAUGGGCGGUAACCCGUCCAAGGUGAACUUCAAGACAGUUGUGGUCGGAACGGUUUGUGCGAGGGCUCACGAACACAACAAAGUGGAGUUGUCCUGCCAUGACCGGGCUAUCUCAGCCGUUAAAUUCGCGAGCUUUGGAAAUCCGGUGGGGCAUUGUGGGUCAUUUGCGGUUGGUACGUGCCAAGGAGACAAGGAUGCUGUGAAGACCCUGGUUGAAAAGUGUGUUGGGAAACUCAACUGCACUAUCGAUGUGUCUUCCGACACGUUUGGCUCUAGUUCAGACUGUGGAGAUUCACCUAAGAAAUUGGCCGUGGAAUUGGAGUGCUAG